AUGGCGCGGCGGGAGGGUGCUACGCCGCUCGUCUGCCUGCUUCUCUGCCUCUGGCAGCUGGCGGCGCCGCAGCCGCCCGCCCCGCACCUGGUGUUGGUGCUCGCCGACGACCUGGGCUGGGGCGACGUGGGCUGGCACGGCUCGGCCAUCCACACGCCGCGGCUGGACGCGCUGGGGGCAGGCGGCGUGCGGCUGGAGCGGUACUACACCCAGCCGCUCUGCACUCCCUCCCGGAGCCAACUCCUCAGCGGCCGCUACCAGAUACAUACAGGUUUACAACACCAGAUCAUUUGGCCAUGCCAGCCCAGCUGUCUGCCACUGGAUGAGAAACUCCUACCAGAGCUACUUCAAGAGGCAGGAUAUGUUACUCACAUGGUGGGGAAGUGGCACUUAGGGAUGUACAGAAAAGAAUGCCUUCCAACCCGCCGAGGAUUUGAUACUUACUUUGGCUAUCUUCUAGGGAGUGAGGAUUAUUAUUCUCAUGACCGUUGUGUCCUCAUCAAAGCGAAGAACGUAACGCGCUGUGCUCUGGACCUUCGAGAUGGAGAGGAAGUUGCAACUGGGUUUAAAGACAUGUACUCUACUAAUUUAUUCACAGAACGAGCUAUAGAUCUUAUAGCCAAUCACAAAACUGAGAAGCCCCUCUUUCUCUACCUUGCUUUUCAGUCUGUCCACGAACCUCUUGAGGUCCCUGAAGAGUACAUGAAACCAUAUUCUUCUAUUAAAGAUGCAAAGAGGCGCCAUUAUGCAGGGAUGGUGACUCUCAUGGAUGAAGCCAUAGGAAACCUUACUGAUGCUCUGAAAAGAUAUGGUCUUUGGGACAACACAGUUCUUGUUUUCUCUACAGAUAAUGGAGGACAGACUUUGGCAGGUGGGAAUAACUGGCCACUAAGAGGAAGAAAAUGGACCCUCUGGGAAGGAGGAGUGAGAGGAGUAGGCUUUGUUGCAAGCCCUCUGCUGAAAAGAAAAGGUGUAGAAAGUCAUGAACUCAUCCAUAUUUCUGACUGGCUGCCAACACUGGUGCACCUUGCUGGAGGAGAUACUAAUGGCACUAAGCCUUUAGAUGGCUUUGAUGUUUGGAAAACUAUCAGUGAAGGAAGACCUUCCCCCAGAGUGGAACUGCUGCACAACAUAGACCCCAUGUUUGUGGAUGAUUUCCCAUGUCUUGGCAUUGACAAGAGGACACAUGUACCACAGAGCAGUUCUUCUCCAUGGGAUGAUAAACUUUUCAAUAUAUCCAUACAUGCAGCAGUCCGACGUGGAAAAUGGAAGUUACUGACUGGAUAUCCAGGCUGUAGUCAUUGGUUCCCUCCACCAUCUUUGUUCAAUGAAUCAAAGAUUCAAUCAUCUGAUCCACCAACAAAGAGACUUUGGCUAUUUGAUAUCGUUCAUGAUCCUGAAGAGAAACAUGAUUUGUCUGAAAAAUACCCUCAAGUGGUGGAAAAACUGCUUUCACGGCUUCAGUAUUAUUAUAAACGUUCAGUGCCUGUGUUCUACCCUGAUGAGGAUCCCCAUUGUGAUCCAGCAGCAACUGGGGCUUGGGGUCCUUGGACAUAGUGCACACAACCAUCCUGCAGCAGAACCUGGUUUGUGGAUUCAAGAUCCUAGCACAUCUUUCUUACAUU